AUGGACAAAAGACUCGAAGGUAACUCUGUUCGAAAGGCAGAUUACGACACAAGCAAAGAGAGCGACUUUGAGGAUGGUUCCUCGUUCCUGACCCAAGUCGAAUCUUUGAGAUUAUCUCUUCGAGGUCCUCGGUUGACCGCAGCUAUCGCCUUUGUCACUGGGACGGGGUUUACAUUAUUUGGAUAUGAUCAGGGUGUCAUGUCCUCGUUGCUCACUGCCAAACAGGUUUGUAAAAUACAUUCCAUUGGUGCUUUCCGUUGA